CGGCACCAGCAAAAUCCCGGUGGUGCAGCCCGCGGCGUGCGGAUCCGGGCCGAGCCAGGGGAGCACGGCGGAGUGAGCGCGGUGGGGGCACCAUGCCUGCCAUCUCCGGCCGCUGCCUGGUGCGCCUGCUGCUGCUGCUGCUCUGGACCAGCCUCUCCGGCGGGAGCCUUGCAGAUUCAGCUAUGACAACGCAAGAUUCCAAUCAGACUUGGGUGAAUUCUCUGACGAAGAUGCAAGCUGGACAUGAAUCAUCUGGUGCUGCCACACAAGAGCUCAAGCCUGGAAGCAAGCAGAGCACUGAUGUCACAGAGUAUGAGAUAGUCCUACCUGGUGAGUGUGUGUCUGAAAAAAAUAUCUCUUUGGCCAGUCCAGCUAAAGUUGAACUUACAUGCAAAUUAGGUGUGAAGUCAAAUUUGAAAAAUCCUCAAGUGACAUGGAAAAGAGGAAGUGAAACAAUCAGUCACACCAGUAAAACUCAGAACAGCUGGACCAUCCAACUGACCAUCUCAGGGAGCAGCGAGCUGGGAAGUUACACUUGUAUUCUGAAGGCUGCAAAAGAAGUCAGUGCUACGUUUCACUUGCAUGUACCAACCAUUGAAGGAAGAGAAAAACCCAUAAUUGCUUAUAUAGGUGAUACAGCUGUAAUGGUUUGUAAAACUGAGUAUGAUCCCAAGGCUUGGAUGUGGUAUAUGGCCAAUGGAACUGAGCUGGUUCCCAUUGAUAAGAUUUUGCCUAUGGACAAGUUUAAAAUUAAUAGACAAUCUGCCAGUGUAAACCGUUUGGAGAUACACAAGCUCACCACGGAAGAUAGUGGUGAAUAUUGGUGUGAAGCCGCUUUUGAAUUAGCGGGCAGUAAAGCGAGGUUUGAAGUUAGAGUUCUGUCCAUCGCAGAACCUCUCAAACCCUUUAUAGCAGUUGUGGCUGAAGUCGCUAUUCUUGUAACUACUAUUGCCCUCUGUGAGAUGUAUUCGAAAAGGAAGGCAAAAGGAGGUGAAAAAGAGUUUGACCAAAUUGAGCAACUUAAAUCAGAAGACAACGUAACUAAGGGACAAAAUUAGUUCUGUGCAGAGAAGGAAGAUUCCUUUAAAGGAGAUUUAAGCCAACAGAAGUGAAAAUUAUCACAAAACUUCAGAAGAUGUAUGCAGCUACUUAAACAUUCACUGUGUUUUGAAGUAAAAUUCUCUACCUUUGAGAAAUAAGAUGCUUUUAAAAUAGCUCUGAAACUACUCCUUUUACACCGAUGAUAAUAUGAUAUAUUGUAUUUAGAAGUUUAUCUGUAACAUUUUACUACUAGCAGGGUGUUUUUUAUGUGAUUAGGCUUGCUGUUGGUUUAUGAUUAUCUGUUUGAUUUUUACCUCCCAAAUUGGAACUAGCAUUGUAUUCACUGAAAAAAUGGUCAAUAUAAAGUAGGCAUAUUAUCUGAGUGUUAUAAAACUGGAUAUAUACAAUGAAAAAAGUAUUUACACCAGAGAAAAUGCCUUUUACUCACUGUUGAAGCAAAUGUGAUGCAGCUAUUUUUACCAAAGAAGUGGUGAAAGGGGAAUCUUUAUCAGGGCUUCAAUGAAACAUUGAGAGAGUUGUGAUUUACUCUUGAGUAGUAAAAUGUCUUCAUUCCAACUUGUCUUAGCUUCAUUCUCAGUUCUGCUAUAUUGUAGUUCUUAGUAGGCUAAACAUUUAGAUGCCAUACAGCUCAGAUAUUUCAGAGUUGAUGAAGCAUUGGGGAUACAGUACCUUCUCAGACUAAAACUGCAAUAAUUCCUUAUGCUUGAAAAAAAUUACUGCGCUCUCUGCGGCUGCAAAACAAGUUUGUUUAUUAUAAUUGAUAUGGAGUGCUGAAUUUUCAGGAAUACCCCUAUAUAUGUUUCUGAUCAUACUUACUGUCUAGUUGGUACUGCUGCUUCUUUCAGCAAGCUGUUGUUUCUUAAACUCCUUGCAAAGCACAGAGUGGGUCUUGAGCAGCUAAAAUUUUCAGGAUAAUAGGAUGAAGCAGCAUGAAUACCACUACUACUCUUACACAAAAAAUUUAACACUGCUGUUAAUGAUUUACAGUAUUGCUUUAGAAGAGUGAGUUGUCAUAAUACUGUUCAGUUACCAUUAUGCAUUCAGCAAUUGAAAAUGUUUAGCUAAUAAGAAAACGGUUGUAUCAGUUGCCUUUGCUUGAAAUAAUUAAAGCUUCCAUUUUGAGAGGAAGUAAAGUCUUCAGAAAAUGAUCUUUUCUCCAUAAAAAUGUAAGGAAAAAGGCAGCAUUUGCAGACUCCAUGAGAAAGUGAAAGAAGAAAAAAAAUACACUGAACAUCUUUGUACUGGUCAUUUUUUUUUUGAACAUAAAGGUAGAAAAAAAUGGAUAAGACAAUUUGAAUUCCCUUUCUUGAUUUUUUUUUCUAUUUUAUUGUCAUUAUGGGUUUGAAAAAUAUCAGAAAUCCUAGCAUUGGCUGUUUUGUUGGAAAUAGGAGAUAAAAUCCAGUCUGACAUAAGCUUUUUUGUUUUUCAUAGUUCAUUUCCAGUUUGAAGCAUUACAAGUUAAGAUCCAAAUAAGACAUAAUGAGAAGUAUUAAAGCAAUGGGUGAUUGACUGUAAGGAGUGAACACUGAUAAAGAUUCCCCUUUGCUUAGAUACUGUGUUUAUUGU